CUGCGGGCUUCGAGGACUUACUCGAAAACAAGAAGAAAUCGGGGGAUUGUGCAUUGGCUCCAUUGAGCCAAAAUAAUAUCUUUACCACUAUCAAUUCAUGGGGGAAAGGGAAAAUUAUCUAAAAGUGGACAAACAUACUCUUUCACUACUUUAAAACCAGUUGAAUUAAUGCUAUAUCUACUACAGAAAUGUGUUCAGCAUCUGUUAUCGGACGCAACUUCUCAACCAGCCGAUAUUACUGAUACAGAAUUUCAAACUGGAAUUUAACUAGAUGUGGUCUCCAGAUGGCUGUUGUACCCCGUGGAGUCAUUAUUGGAAUGUUUUUCUAUCUAACAUUCGCGAUUGCUGGGACAAUAUGGAUAUCGAUGAAAUACUUAAAUGAAAAUGGCUGUGAUUGUCGUCAAUAUUUCGAGAGCGCAAGGUUUUCUGCACAUGAACACGACUUUCCACACUCAGACGACAAUUUUAAAAUAGCUGCAGAGAAACAAAAAAGAGCAAACGGAGAUUCCGUCCAAACUCCUGCAAAGGGUACGUACAAUCAUGGUUUGUAAUACAUUACUUGCGAGCUUCAUUAUCGUCGCGUGGACGUAAAAAUCUCGUUAGCGCUCUUGAUGACGUGUCGGCAUUGAUUUGUUUGUUUAACGCUCCGCUUCUUACUAUUAAAACAGACAGUUUAUUUCUAAAAAUUAAAUGGACUAAUCAAAUAUAAUCGUACAAAGGAAAGUAAUUAGUAAUUACAUAUGGUAAUUUAAUUAAUAGUGGUGUAUAUAUGGCCUUGAACCAUAUUUUCCUGGGCUUGUAACAUAAUAAAAUCAACGGUGAAAUAUUUAAGGGAAAUGCAAGAACUACAUGUUGAUCACAGGUCAUCAGCAAAGUUAUGGCUAAACUUCAGAGUAUUUCUCCACUUAGUUGCAUCUAAAUGAAUUGCAUCAGAGACUGAAUUAGCAGGGUGGUCAGCAGUAUGAGUGAUUUAUUAACACAUCGAUUUUAGUUUAGUCAUUGUCUUUCAAAAUUGGCAAAUACAGGCAAUUUGCUCAAUAUACUCUGAUAUGUGGCCUUUGCAUGUUACUCAGUAAGAUCUUUCAUUUCCCCACCACUCAAGAGAUAGGUAAGUUUAAGUUUAAGUUUCUCACUAUGAAGAAGAAACAAACAAAAUGAUAACCAAAACUUCAUUCUAUUCCUUUACAGCUGGUCAUGCACAUGCACUGAAAGUAACAUUUUUAAUGAAAUUUUCGGCUUCACUUCUCCUUUAAAAUGGGAAGCAAAAUUAAUAGAUUUGGUCUCAAACAUGGUCAGGGUUUGAUGCCCUAACUUAACUUAACUUUUCUUGAUUGCUUCUUCUCGUUCCAUUUAAUUUUCUCAUCCAAUAACACUUCCCUUUAUCAAUUUCCAAUGUGGCAGUUAAGAGACAUUGUGAAUUAUAUAUAAUGUUCUUUUUAGUUGUCAUUCUUAUUCCUCUUUCUUCUUAACAAAACUGUAGUUCAAUUCUCUUCCAUAAGCCAUGUCUACACCUUUACCUUCCAAGGCCUUUUUGCCAGUAGAUGGCAAUCUUUGUCACUUGAAUCUAUCUGUCAAAGCACACUGUAGUAUUCCUUAGAUACAUUUUGUUUCAUUUUGUCAGCAAGUAUCUCUAUUUUUUUCAUAUGAAUCUUAUUAAACAAAUAAUUUGAACUAUACUUCCCUUCGGUAUUAUUCUAACAUGUGUAAAAAAUUUUUUCGUCCUAAUUUUCUUUGUUUCAGUAAUCUGUUCUCAUCCUCUGUUAUCAGAGAGCUUAAGUUUCAGAGGAUCAGCUUUAUGUAGCUUUGCAUAAUGAUUUUAGGAAUGGAGUUCCAUUCAUCUAGGAUCUUGAUUCAAUUUACAACUUUUUUUGUGACUCUCCAUCUGUACUCUUAGGGCCAGUCUUUAAUGUAUUUGACAUGAAGCAGGUAUUCAGGUAUUACCUGUUUGUUAUCUUCCUUGUAAUAGCAUCCAAGCUCCCUUACUCCGGGGAAACUUCAUAAGAUAUUGUUUGAAAAGGCUAAUGUCUUUAUGGUUGGAAAUUUCAUUUUAGAAAGUAUCAUUAGAGAAGAGAGACUUCCUGAAAAGGAUUGGGGACCACAUCAACUUGGACUGGUUGUUCCUUACAGGGACAGAUUUGAGGAGCUGCUUGAAUUUGUUCCCCAUAUGCACAAGUAUUUAAAUGACAAGAAAGUCAGACACAAAAUAUUUAUUGUUAACCAAGUUGAUAAGCAUAGGUAAGUGGUUGGAACAGAAAAUUGUUCACAUGAACUAGUAUAGUUUGUCCAUUUAUGUAAACAUAGAAUAAGUCCUUUUUGCUGGAAUACUGUAGUGUAUGGUAUAGUUCACCAACAUGUUAGCCAAGUGCUAGUGAGUGAAACUAAGAUAUCUGAAGGUCAAAACCUACACUCAUGGCAAGUAAGUAACAUGUACAUCUUUCUCUAAUAUAAUCAAUCACUCUGAUGAAGGGCUAAUGCUCAAAACAUCUGCCUUUAAUCUUUUUAAGGUGGUCAAUUUACAUUUUCAACUCAGUUGCUAACACUUAAUUACCUGCUUCUCUAACAUACCUGCUGAUCAUGCAGAUAAUUACCUUCAAUAUGUGACUUUACUUUUGUUUCUUUUUCUCACAGAUUCAAUAGAGCUUCCCUUUUAAAUGCUGGAUUCUUGGAGGCAAGAGGAAAUCAUUGUGACUAUAUAGCUAUGCAUGAUGUGGAUCUCCUUCCUCUUAACAAGGACUUAUAUUAUGGAUUUCCUGACAGAGGACCUUUUCAUGUAUCAGCACCCUUCCUACAUCCAAAAUAUCACUAUCCAACAUUUGUAGGUGGAAUUUUAAUUAUGUCAAUUGCCCAGUUUGAAAAGGUGAGUCAAAUUUUGUAGGCAUGUAAAGAAAAAUUUUCUGUAUACAUGUAAGAAUAGUAGAAUUCAUAGUAAUACUACCUGUGGAAUCAAAUAUUGAUGCACCUAAGAAAGAUGUCAAAGAGUUGCCAUAAGCAUGUAUACCAAAAGAAUUUUUCUGUCCCUUUGUGUGAUUCUCAGAAUUUUUCUUUGGCUUAGUUAAAGGGCUGAUGUUAUUCAACAUCUAUCAUCAUUGAUUUUAACCCUUUUACCCCUAAGAUUGACCGGCAUCUAAUUUCUCCUCAUGUUAUCACCUGAUUAUCACACAUAAAGGUCAAGAGAAUAAAGAGAUUUUGAUUUUUUUAAGCAAAUUCUUCAUGUUAGCACCUUAGAAAAUAAAGAAAGAACAUUAUGGAGAAUAACCAAACUGAUGUUUGGGUGUAAAGGGUUAAUAGCCUCUGGCCACUUUUGAUUCCAAAUUCCAGGGUAAAGGCUUCAAAUUUAUUACACUUAAACUUAAUGCCUCCUUUCCUCAUUCCAUGUAGUAUGAAGACUUUGGAGACAGUCAAAGUAAGGAAUUGGGGGCAAAUAUUAUCUCACUCAUAAUACCUUAUUGUGUCAUCUGCCAUGACACAGAUUGUAACAACUGAUGAGAAAUGCUAAAAACCAGUACAGGAAAUGAGUAUAUAUCAAUCUCUUGGUUUGGUUUUAUUUGAGGGCAUAAUUUGGAGUCAACAUUAGGUUGUUUUGCUGCUAAAUUUUCAUUAAAAACUCCCUCAAUUGACAACCAUUAAGUUUAAGUUCAGUCCAGACACAUUGUUGUUUUGUUUAUUUCUAGGUUAAUGGGCUCUCCAACAAAUUUUGGGGCUGGGGUCGAGAAGAUGAUGAGCUGUACCAGAGAAUGAAAGAAGCUGGCUUAACUGUAAGUCGCAGCAAUGUUUUUAUCCAAGUACAUUGAAACCUUUAUUAAGCCACGAAAAACUUCUAGUGUCUCCUGAACACUUUAAUCCCAGAAGUGAUUAACAUAAAACUUCUCCCUACAAUAUCCAUACAUUCUUCAGCAAACAGGUGAUGAGAAUAUUCAAACUUGUCAGGUAGAAGCUACUAUAUUGAUCUAGCACCAAGUUCUCAUAACUAAUUUACAAGGAAAUGUGUAGCAGCUACAGAGGAGAAUUAACAAUCAAAUCUUGGGAGUUAAAGGGUUAAAGUAUCACCCCUGAAUAAAACAUCUAAGUAGUGAGAAUUAUAGCAAGAAUGAUCUCUAACAGUAGAAGCUCUUGUUUGUUAAUCAAAUUCUCCUAAUCAUGCCUCUCCGCAAAGGUAACCGCUUGCGACGGGCCUCGGCAGACCAACAGCUACUGAGGAACAGUGAAACAUAAUUUGUGUUAAGUCCCUUGAGCUGACAAUCCUUGACUGUUUUCAUUCCUCUAACGAGAACGUAUUACGUAUCUGUAUAUGAAAUUCAUUCAAGGCUAAAAGUGGACAUUGUCUGUACCUCAUCUUGAUCAUUUUAUUUGUCAACCCGUUUCCCAACUUUUUGGUAAUGUAGUUAUAGGUUUAAAAGUUUCUACCCAUCUAAAAGCCACAACAGGAGUCAUAUUACACCACUCCUUACGACUUCCUAUACCCUUGUACCAGCCAAGACCUCCCCUUCCCGACCUCCUCGGUCCCUCAGGUUGCCGUUGUGGAGAGGUUCGACGGUAGUUAAUGCUUUAUUGACCAAUCAGAACAAAUGUUUUUCUUUACUUACACCGUUAAUACCUUUUUUUUUUACGGUUGCUGGUGUUAUUAAUCAGUGUGUUGUUCUUUUUCAGAUUUAUCGACAUAGUAAAAAAAAGAUAACCACUGGUUAUGACACCUUCAAGCAUGACCAUGACUCCAAGAAAAGAAAAAGAGAUUAUGCCAGAUUUUUUAAUCAGAAAAAGGUGGGCUACCAUGAUAUGUUAGAGGCAUGAAGAAAACUGCGCGUUUUACACAGGAUAGUAGGAUAUAAAGUGGCUUUCAAGCAACCUCUCUUGCGGGAAAGGAGGGGGGGGGGGAGAGAAGAAGAAAGAAGUCUUUCCCUGCCGUCUACUCCAAACCCCCUUCCCCCCUGUUCCCCAAGAGAGCUUGCGCGCAAGCGUCUUGUGGAUCUGCUCUUUUACGUAAGGCCAACUUUUCUCGAUUCGCGGCAACCCUUCAUUUAUGUUUAUCAAUUCCGCCGUGAAUAAGAAAAAAUAAAAGCUAAUCUAAACUAAAUGGAAACAAAUUAACUUAGGGGUAAUGAAGCAUCUCUUGUUGACAACUUAUCGUCCGAGCAAGGGUUGUUCUAAAAGGAACUGCUGAUCGAGACUGACAUCAAUCGCUCUGACGAAGGGCUAACCCUCAAAACGUCAGCUUUUAAACUCUUUACGGUGGCCAAUUUACGUUAUCAACUCAGUUAUACUCUCCCACCGACACAGCACCACAGUUUCUAUAGAAACUUACCCCCUCUAAUCAUUUGAUAUCACUGCGACCUGAAUGGAAAUCAUCUACAGAAUCAUGACUUUUCCACUCAAACGAUCACACCGACUUGAUUUGCAUUGUUAUCUACUUAUUUUCUUAUUCAUAGCAAACUUCAUUUCAACAAUGUUAUUUACUUAUCCUGCUGUUGCAAAAUUAUUAUGUAUUAAAUUGUAUUUAUACUUGAUAUCAAGAAACAAAUUGAACCUGGGAUCGAAGAUUGCAUUUUUUCAGACUCGUUUUUUCUGCAAUAGCAACUUAGAAAGAUCAAUCCGUUACCAGGUAUUUAUCAUGUCGGUAAGGUUUCUUUUUUCAUACUCCUGCACCACUGUAUUUAAGCUCUGGUUACUCAAACAAUGCCAGUCUUACUUUUGUCCUCUUUUAACCUCAGGAGUCAUUCAAGAAAGACAGGGAAACGGGACUAACCACAUUGAAUUACAGAGUUGAAAAACGGACUAAUCUUAACAUCAAUGGAGCGCCUUGUACGAUCUUAAACGUUCACUUGAACUGCGAUUUAGAGAAGACACCCUGGUGUGACAAUCCUGAUUCAUGA